AUGGCGAGAGGAGACGUACUUGCGAGUCCGUUCAAGCCCGUGACGCUCUCGUCUAUAGACACCAAGCAGCUGCGAGCUGUGGCGAAGACGAUCCUCGACGCGAACUUGCACCGAUAUCGACGCUUCAUGGACGUUGACGAAGGCAGAGUUGACCCGAACGAGUGGAAGCUUGUGCGCACGAAGGACCAAGUGGAAGUCUACCUCGAACGCCCAAGGAGGAAAGCUUUUUCUCCCUUUCAAGUCCACCCGGUCGCCGUUCAGUCAGCUCUGCAGCCGAUACUGUGCGUCGGACCAACCCCCGGGACGCUCGACGACGUUAUGCUUGGCGGCGUCGUGGACUCGACGACUGCGGUCUCAACCAGCCGGACGUCGUUCGGGAACGACUUCAGCGAUACGGCCAUGCUCGCUCUAGUCAAGGACCCGUCGGUAUUGGAACCGUACACGUCGGUCGCCGUCAAGUGGAUGGAGCUGGACGUCCGUCGUCGGUCCAUGGGGCUGGUCAAGAACCGCGACUACGUGUACGUCGAGAUGACGGGCGCCAAGAAGCUGCCGAAUGGAGAACAAGUCGGCUACCACGUUAUGCACUCGGUGGGGAUCCCACAAGCUCACGCUCUACCGGGCAAAGUCCGAGCCAAGCUUUCUGUAUGCACGUUCUUCCGUCAAGUGGACAAGGCCUCAGUGUCCAUCUACUCCAUGGGGAUGAUGGAUCCGAUGAGUGACCGCGUGCGGCAGGUGGUGGUCCCUCGCUUCGUCAAGAUGCUGCUGUCGACGUUCAAGUGCAGAGAGGAGAGUACAGUAAAGAAGUUGACGCAGUCGCUUGGUAAACGGUACUCUGAGCUGGACAACCGUCGACCGUCAAGCUCCGACAACAGCAACUGCAUCACCUGCACCAAGCGCAGCUGGCGAUUGGCCAAGCUCUCGAGUCGCAACAACACUUGCAUGAUCUGCUGCGGGUACAUCUGCGGCUCGUGCAGGAUCGAAAAGAAGUUGAAGGUCCCGACGCCGGAUAUGAAGAUAGUCACGAAGAAAGUGGCCUUCUGCUUCUCCUGCCUGACAGAUGUGAUGACGGCGAAUGAGUCCGAGUUCUCGUUUGUUGAGGAUUCGAACGAUGCCCCCGAGAUCCCUCGGUCAACGUACCAUUCGGUUUGGUCCACGAGGUUGCCACGCUGGAACCACGACGAACCGCACGCUGAUUUUGCUAGUACCAGGUAG